UAAUUUUCACCAAAUAUAAAAAAGUUAUAAAGCGAUGGCCAUGAACAAUCUCUAUUUUGCUUUUGUUAUUUGUUUUAGUUUGUGUACCUUUUCGGCUCUGGCACUAAAAAAAAAUGUAGUUUAUGAUGAUGAAAUCAAGAAUAAUAUUGGUGAAAUGAGUUCAAAAAUAAGUGUAAAUACCGGAGCAACAUUGUUUUGUGAAAGUGCAGCGGAUGGAAAUAUGUUACAAAUCUCAUGUCCACUAACGGGCAUGAACAUAUCUGGAAUUUCUUUUGCUUCUUAUGGUAAUCCAGAUGGUAAUUGUAAUACUACUCCCUCUAAAGGCGAUUGUGAUGCCUCCAAUACCCUUUCAAUUGUGGAAAAGGCAUGUCUUAGGAAGCCAAGUUGUGAGAUCAAUGCCUCAACAGCUACAUUUGGACCAACUACUUGCAAACAACCCAAUGUACUCAUAGUUAUUGGUGUAUGUUCUCACUAAGAUAGAAUUAGGAGAAUCAUAUACAACUCUUGAUUUUCAUGUCAAUUAUAGUUUGGUUGAGAUUUAAGUAUUAUUAAUAAAG